AUGGACAUACAAGCCAGGGGUAGUGGUCAUGUAGCCUUAAGCUCGAUUGAUGUGGAGUCAGGUUUUACCAAACUCCUAGAGCUCUGCAAGUGCACAGAUCGCGGAAGGCUCCUCUGGUUUUCACUACAAGAAAACAGGCGAGUUGCAACGGAAAUUGCGACGAAAUCUAAAGUCGUCGCAAAGUUGCGACGCAUUUGCGACUAUGUAGCAACGCUUGAGAUAGUCGUCGCAAACUCGUCGCAAAUUUGCGACGAUAAAGGAGGACCCGCAAAUCCGUCGCAAUUUUGCGAGGACAGCGACAACAGUCGCAAAUCCGUCGCACAAUUGCGACGCCACUACAACACCAUGUGUUCGUCGCAAAAUUGCGAGAAAAUUGCGAUGCAUUUGUGA